CCGGCCCUGCCCGCGGCCCCGGCCCCGGCCCCGGCCGCGACCCCCGCCCGCCCGCCGCCGCCAUGGUGCAGAAAUCCCGCAACGGCGGCGUCUACCCGGGGCCCGCCGCCGAGAAGAAGCUCAAGGUGGGCUUCGUGGGGCUGGACCCGGGCGCCCCGGACUCCAGCCGGGACGGGGCGCUGCUCAUCGCCGGCUCCGAGAGCACCAAGCGCGGCAGCAUCCUCAGCAAGCCGCGCUCCGGGGUCUCGGGCAGCGGCAAGCCCCCCAAAAGGAAUGCUUUUUACCGCAAGCUGCAGAAUUUCCUCUACAACGUGCUCGAGAGACCGCGGGGCUGGGCUUUCAUUUACCACGCAUACGUUUUUCUACUAGUUUUCUCCUGCCUGGUGCUGUCAGUCUUUUCAACCAUUGAUGAGUACCAGAACAGCUCUGAAGGGGCCCUUUACAUUCUGGAGAUCGUCACCAUCGUGGUGUUCGGCGUGGAGUACUUCGUGCGCAUCUGGGCGGCCGGCUGCUGCUGCCGGUACCGGGGCUGGAGGGGAAGGUUAAAAUUCGCCCGCAAACCCUUCUGCGUCAUCGACAUCAUGGUGCUGAUUGCUUCCAUCGCCGUGCUGGCGGCCGGGUCCCAAGGGAACGUCUUUGCCACCUCGGCGCUCAGGAGCUUGCGGUUCCUGCAGAUCCUGCGCAUGAUACGGAUGGACCGGAGGGGAGGCACCUGGAAGCUCCUGGGCUCGGUGGUCUACGCACACAGUAAGGAGCUGAUUACUGCCUGGUAUAUUGGCUUCCUGUGCCUCAUUCUGGCCUCUUUCCUGGUAUACUUGGCCGAGAAAGGAGAAAAUGAGCACUUUGAUACGUACGCAGAUGCACUCUGGUGGGGUCUGAUCACUCUCACCACCAUCGGCUACGGCGACAAGUACCCGCAGACCUGGAACGGGCGGCUCCUCGCGGCUACGUUCACGCUCAUCGGGGUCUCCUUCUUUGCCCUUCCUGCCGGCAUCUUGGGUUCAGGGUUUGCUCUGAAGGUUCAAGAGCAGCAUCGGCAGAAACACUUUGAGAAGAGGCGAAACCCGGCAGCGGGCCUGAUUCAGGCGGCCUGGAGGUUUUACGCCACCAACCUCUCCCGCACGGACCUGCACUCCACCUGGCAGUACUACGAGCGCACGGUCACCGUCCCCAUGUACAGCACGCAAACGCAAACGUACGGUGCCUCCAGACUCAUCCCACCUCUGAACCAGCUGGAACUCCUGAGGAACCUGAAGAGCAAAUCGGGACUGACUUUCAGGAAAGAGCAGCAGCCCGAACCAUCGCCAAGUCAGAAGGUCAGUUUGAAAGAUCGUGUGUUCUCCAGUCCCCGCGGUGCUGGCACCAAAGGGAAAGGCUCUCCACAGGCUCAGGGCAUCCGGAGAUCCCCCAGCGCUGACCAGAGCAUCGAGGACAGCCCCAGCAAAGUGCCCAAAAGCUGGAGCUUCGGGGACCGCAGCCGAGCCCGCCAAGCCUUCCGCAUCAAGGGCGCCGCGUCGAGGCAAAAUUCGGAAGAAGCAAGCCUCCCCGGAGAAGACAUCCCCGACGAGAACAAAAGCUGCAACUGUGAGUUUGUGACGGAAGAUUUAACGCCGGGACUGAAAGUCAGCAUCAGGGCAGUGUGCAUCAUGAGAUUUCUCGUCUCCAAGCGCAAGUUUAAGGAGAGCCUCCGGCCCUAUGACGUGAUGGACGUCAUUGAACAGUAUUCAGCUGGGCACCUGGACAUGCUCUCCCGGAUUAAAAACCUUCAGUCCAGAGUUGACCAGAUCGUUGGGAGAGGAUCCUCAAUGACGGACAAGGAUCGGACCAAAGGGCCGGCAGAGGGGGAGCUGCCCGAAGACCCGAGCAUGAUGGGCAGGCUUGGAAAAGUUGAAAAACAGGUUCAGUCGAUGGAGAAGAAGCUGGAUUUCCUGGUGAACAUUUACAUGCAGAGGAUGGGUAUCCCGCCAACAGAGACGGAAGCCUAUUUUGGGUCCAAAGAGCCAGACCCAGCACCUCCCUACCACAGCCCUGAAGACAGCAGGGAGCACAUUGACAAGAAUGGCUGCAUCAUCAAAAUCAUCAGGUCCACCAGCUCCAUGGGUCAGAAGAACUUCUCUGCUCCACCAGCCCCGACCAACACAUGCCCGCCUUCAACGUCGUGCCAGCAGCAGGCCUACCAGCGGCAGAGUCACGGCUCCUCGCCCGUUGGAGACCCUGGCUCGCUGGUUCGAAUCCCACCUCCGCCUUCACACGAGCGCUCCUUGUCAGCGUACAGUGGUGGGAACAGGGCGAGCAUAGAGUAUCUGAGGAACGAAGACAUUACAACCAAACACCACGAGAGUGCCAUGAGAGACAGCGACACGUCGAUCUCCAUCCCCUCGGUAGACCACGAGGAACUGGAGCGCUCUUUCAGCGGCUUUAGCAUUUCCCAGUCCAAAGAGAAUUUGGACAUCCUUAACAACGGUUGCUAUGCAGCCGUGGCCAAAAUCAGACCCUACAUUGCGGAAGGGGAGUCGGACACCGAUUCUGACCUCUGCACGCCCUGCGGCCCUCCUCCCCGGUCGGCCACGGGCGAGGGACCCUUCAGUGACAUGGGCUGGUCGGCCCCCAGACAGUGAAGCCUCCCAGCACCCGCCGAGCCCAGUCCGAGCAGUGGCCAGCUGCCCACUCAAGCUGUCCACGCGCUGAACUGCUCAAGGGGAUUGACAGCUAAGGUUUUCCUCCACCUAGGACAUCCUUAGCUGGCGGAUACGCUCUUGCAGGUUACUUUGGGGGGGAGGGAGCAGGUCCGAGCCUGCAUUUUGUGGAAGAGGCCACUGUGGUGAGCUAACUGGAGCCUUGGAGAGUCUGGAUUUCUUUCAUACUGUCUUUCUAAGAUCACUAGGUGAAAUUCCUUCAUGGUGCAGGGUAGGCAAUUUACAUUUCUUCGUAACCUUUUAAGAUGCAGGGCACAAACGAAUCACUCGGCCAGGGCUUUUGGAGGUCACGGUAACUGGUGGCUGACUAAUGUCACCGGUGAUUACACCUUUACACAUUUUGGAGUUGCAGAAUGAACACCUGGUUGUUUCUGGCUUAGAUUUUAGGUUAUGCGGUAAUUACUGGAGGACCGUUAGGCUAUGAUUCCUCGCUGACCAUCGGGAAGGUGGUAUAAUUCCAAUAUAACGCAUGAAAAUGUGAGGGCUGGUGGGUAGAGGUUGCAGUGGGGGUGAAGCAUAGUUGGGCUGUGGCCGGCGGAGCCACAGCUGCACGGUGCCGGAGGGAGAGGGCGAUGUGUCAGAUGUGGUCCCCGCGCUGCCGCGGGCUCAGUGCUGAGCUCCGGCCGUUCGAAGCCGUGCUGUCCAGAGCAGUGCCCUUCUGUUACGGUUUGCAUUGUGUCUGAACACUUUUGCACACACUAUGCGCCACGAAAAUCUUCCCUUUCUUCUUCUGCCCUGCCAAAACUCUCACACCCGUGUCCUCAGGACAUCCUUCUGGUUUUGUUUUGAUCCCUCAAGCUGAGUUAAGAGGUGCUCCUUCGUUUCUUCAUGGUCUUUUAGAAGCCUCUUACCUGUGCUUGCCCGCAAGUGGUGCCAAUCCAAGUCUGCCCAGUUGCGUUGUUGUUAAAGUACUUUCCCGUGGCAAGAUCAUUGUGUCCUUCCUGGCAACCUCAGCAGCGCGUCCAGCUGGGGGAAGGCAAGGGGAAAACGAUGCUCAAAGUUUCUUUUGGGACCAAAACAAAGUCACAAAGUGAUCCUUUAACUAUCAAAGACCUGUAUAGGUUUUCUUUUUUUUUCUUGCAAGGGGAUGGAUUAAGAAAAAACCUGCCAUUGUGUUUCGGGAUCCAUCUCCCGGGCUGGGCCACCACGGCCAGUGUUGUGCCUCUGACUCCUCCCAGGCAUCCACAGCCCAGAUCCCGCGUGUGUUUUGUGCGGUGGAGUCAGGGCCAUGUCCAUGAUUUCAAACCCCGUCCCUCCACAUUCUCCACGUGACGUGUCAGGAGCUUGUUAAGGAUAGUUAGGUGACAAGUCCAUUUUGGUGUGGCCUUUGAGAGGCUGAAUAUUGACUUGCUUGGGGCGAAGGGAGAAUCAUGGAGUUUUUCUCUGCUCCAGUUUCCUUGGCAAGAGGCAGCAGCCAGGGGAGACGCGGGACUCCUGUGACCCCUGGGGAAGAUGUGUGUGCAGGAAAGGAGUCUGAGAGCUUGUAGACAGGAAAUAAAAAUGUCCUUUUGCCCUAGUUAAGGACCAACACACAGAUCUUCACGUGGGAGUGAGGAGUGGAGAAAGGCUCUGCGUAAUUUCUCCUGCCAUUUUUUUCCAUUCAGGAGGGGAAAACAUUCUUCCUAGGGGGAACUUGGACUUCCAGUCCUGCUAGCUCCCUUCCUUCCCUUUCAGUCCAUUCUCCCUUCUCUGCUUGUGCUCCCAAACUCCCUUUGGCUCCAGAUUGCUCCCUGCAGAGUGAACGCAGUGAUACACUUCCAUAAAGAGAAAGCUUUCAUUUUGGAGUGCAAAAUGGUUGUAAACUGUGCAAAUCUGCCCUUUGUGCAUUGCAAAAUGAGAUGCCUUUUGGUAGAGCAAGAAAUGUCAGCAGGUCCCAAAUCAGACUUGGUGACAUGUUUUCUAGUGACCCCAAGAAUGGAAAUGGCGUUGGGUAAGGGAAGAAUCCACAUUGCUCCAGGCAGCUGCUCACUGCUGAUGUUGCCCAAGUCAGAGCGAAAAAGUGUUUGCCUUUGCACAUGCAAGUGCAAAGUGCCUUUUGGAAGGCCUGUUGGAAAUUUGGCACAGAAAGCUAUAAUAUAGAGGCAGUAACUCUAGCUGAGGGUGAGGAUGAUGUUCUGCAGUGCUGUUACAGCAUAGGUACAUGGCAGGAUUUUAAUACAGCCCCUGAGACUGGAGGCAAAGUCAACAGGACAUCGAGGCACAAUUUCUGUGUGGUGCAAUUUUCAUCAUGUCCUAAAUUUGAAGCCCCAUUAACUCUAUUUUGAAUGGCCAUUUACGGUUCUUAUUGCAAAGUCCCUUUCCCUGUGUAGAUGGUCUAACACCCUUGAAAGCAGGUAAUGCCACGUGUGUGCAUGUGUCCUGAGGCAAAGCAGUCCCACUGUAUCCUCCCCACAUGCUGAAAUCUGGCUGUCUUUUACCUCAUUAAAAAAAAAAAAAAUCCAGAUUCUUAUUUCCCAGUCCUUUAAGGAUUGUGUUUUCCCUCUUCAAGUAAAUUAGUACGCUAGGAUUUAUAAAGUUCUCCUAUUUUGUAAUUUUAAAAGGUAUUGGACUUGUCGCACAAUCAGUGCUAAUAGAAAACAGGUUUUGUGUAUGUGUGGCACAGAUUGUGUCUAGUUGUUGCAGAUUUCACAGAGAAUUUUUUUUGAAGAUGUAAGAAAAAUUCCACCUUUUUCCCCAGCAUCAUUUCAUAGAAAUUCUCACAUGCACGCACCCCUCCAUCCACAACCACGUUAUAAAUCAUCACUUCUCAUUCAUCCAGACAAAAAGGCUUUAGCUGGAUUUUGGGGUUAACUUACACCAGAAUUAACAGCAAAUAACGCUCCUUAUUUCAGUGAAAUUGAAUUAUGCCUGCAUAAACGAGAACAGAGCUUGCUCGAACUGAAGGAUUUGUUGCUUAUAAGCAUAAAGCUUUUUUUCCUCUGUUCCAAAUUGUAAUGUAAUCCUCCCUGCAAAGUCUUCCCUUUCCACCUCUCGCCUCUCCCAUGCCCGUAGGACAUACUCCAAAGAAGUCCUAACCGCUAAAUUAAAAUAAAAUACUAGAUUUUGGCCUAAUAAGGGAGUCCCAACAUGGAAGAUGUUUAACAAAAAAACCUGCCAGGCAAACCUUGUCCCUCUGCUGAGCCUCUGCCAGGCUGGGCUUUGCUCCCCUUUCCUCCCAUGUCCCCAUCUGUAUUUUUUGGAAAAUGCCAAAGGACAGAAGCAAGUUUUAGGUAAUACCAAGUUUGGACACAAGCUGAGGGAAGCUGAAGAGCAGGGGUGAGCCAAAUUUGCAGCAGGCCGUUUUGAGCCGCUCCCGGGCUGUUUGGGCACCCGGAGCCCGGGUUUCGGCGCGCAUCCUCCCCGCAGAGCCCAGCAUCUCCAGAGCUCCGGGAAACCUGGGAGUUUUUUUCAGACUCUGGGUAUAGAUCUGGCAGAAAUAUUACAAAUGACCCCACCUCUGGGAUGGGGCCGUCCCUGAAAUCCGGAUCUGGAGCCACAGUCGGGUGUCGGGAGCUUUGCAUCCCAGUGCGGAUCCAAGCCGCCUGGUCCGCUCCCGUCUCCGAACGGGAGCCGCGAGCGGGGCCGUGACCAGCUCUGUGCAGGUGGAGGAGACAACAGAGGAACAGCGCGCUAGCAACUAGUUGAAUUUCCCAACAUUUGGGAAAGGACUUUAAUGUUACUCAAGUGCAGAUUUUGUAUGUGAAUUUCCUUGUUGGCUCAUUUUCCUAUUAAUAAUUUUUAAAACCAAAAAUGUCAAGGAACUCACCGAAAAAUAACUCUCGUUCAGUGCAGAUGGCCAUUACAUUUCUUUAAGCAAACUAUGUGAUAAAUCAGGUUUUUUAAAAUAUAUUUUUUUUAAUGCUGCUUAGUAGGUCCAACUAAAUUCAGCAGGGUCAUUGCUAUUUACAAACAAAUAGGUGUGUUUUUACUUUUUUAAUUGAUUUUUAAGAUUUUAGAUUAUGUAAAUUUUUAGAACAAGUUUGUAUAAUCUUCCUGAGAAGCCAGAGCAUCUCCACAGAUAAAGCAUUCACUUACCUAGCAGUUACCCUAGAGAAAGGAAAAACAUGUUUGCUAACAUUUUUCUCAAGAGGGAAUUACUGCAAACCUCAUUUCCCUUAUAUCCCUCGACCACUGUGGUCACAACGACGUUAUUGCCAAAAUCAAAACACAGAGCUGCCGCGGAAUAACCCUGCUCCUCUCCCGAAAAGGUUUCCUCCUGCCUGAAUAACAAUUACUGUGGCCCUGUGGAAAAUUCACUUUAUAGGAAACCAGAAGGUGAUGUUAGCUUACACCAGGACUCCCCUUUAUGAGAAAUUCCCAAGGAAUUCGACCAAGAAUUCUCCCGUAUAAAGAUCCAUAGCAGUGAGUUGCUGGUUUUGUUUUAGGUUUUUUGGCCCUCAUCCUCCCUCCUGAGGUGAUAAUUUACUUUUUCUUUGUAAGCUUCCUUUUCAUGAGACCAAAAACAAGGAAAUCAGAUACAAAAGCUCCUUCAGCUGCCGGUAACAGUGAGGGCGGGAGGCGGCGGGGCAUCGCAGCCCCCCCGAGCCUUCCUCGGUGGUGUGCGACACGAGCACCCCGGCUCGCCCGAGCCGCGGCGCGGACGCUCUUUGGAGCAAGGCUGUGACUUGGUUGGCUUUUUUUUUAAAUAACAAUAGGGUUUUUAAAAUAACAAUUAUAAUAAUAAUCCAUAGGAAUCUUCUUUAGUAUAUCUUAGUGUUUGAUGCCCCAGUGACACAAUACUGCUUGCCUUAUACUAGUGUCUAGCGGGAGGGAUUACACACGUUUUUGAUACCGUAUUAAUCACGCUCAUAAUUUAGGUAGCAGCAAGGAGCAGCUGCUGCAGAGGAGCAGCCGGUUCCUUUUUAACGUAUGAAUGUGCUUUCCAGACGCUCUCACGGACUGCACUCUCAAUUUUGCCUGCUGCUGCAUGCAGCCUGAGACGAGUAGACGGCGAUAUGCUCCAGCUGUAUCUGCACUCCCAGAUUGCUGUAGUACUUAAAGAGGUCACAUUGCCAAAAGCGUCACUUCUGGGCGAGGGCUUCCUCUCGCCGCCCCGUCCCGUAGGGUGCUGCGGUGCUUCUGUAGGUAACACUGCUAUAGCAAGCGUCUUCGAUGCUGCGACUGACCAUUGCCCCGUCCCUCUGAUACAGCAUGCACAAUUUCCACGGCUACUACAUGUAACUAAGGGGCAAAAAAAAUCACGUUUGUAACUAGUGGUUCGUAGAAAUGUGUACACGGGGAGGAAGAAGAAAAACCAAGAACUGUGUUGGCUGUAUAUAAUAUAACCUGCUUUCCGCCUGGAUGCCUCCGCAGAUGAGCAUCCUGGACACCCCGUCCUGAGGGCUGGAGGAGCAGGCAGAGCAGGGUCGGCAAUGUCAUGGGCAGACGCCUGGACUUCAUUUGAGAGAUGCUGUUUUAGCCCACGUGUGUGGGCCUUGCCGUGUCUCUGGUUUAGUUCCCGUAGGGUUGUCUGGUGUGCAUCAACCUGAGCAGCCCAAAGAAGCGUGUCUGCACCGCGCUCGGGCGUGCACGCGCAUUUGUGCCUGCCAGCCCCAAGGGAUGGGGGGAAUGUGACUCCCAGACUCUGGGAAACCCUCUGGAAAUUCCAUCCACUCGUGUCUACGGUACUUGGGCAUCUUGGGGACUUGUAGCUGUGCCAUAUCCAUUCAUUUUGGAAGCGUCCUCUACUCUUUUCACCGGGAGGUGCUGAGCUACCUUCAUAUCUCAAUAAAUGUUUUGCCACAGUUCUCUCCUCUGUAAUACCAGACUGUCAUGAGACCUUCGGGGUUUGCCACUAGUUUGCCACUGGGCCCGUGUCCUCAUGUUCCUUGUCUGGCCUAUAUACGAAUGAACAUACAAUGCCAGAGCUCUGCUCCUGAGACUUGCUUUUGCCAUGGCAUCGCUAGAUGCCCCAGGAAGCCUUUGCAUUUUGUUAGCGUGACAGUUUUGCUUUUUAUUGGCAAUUUAUUUGCUUCUUCACUGAGCCAUCAUGGGCUGCACACAUCCCUAGUUUGUUCUACUGGAGCCUUUCAGUGUGGGGAUGGAGCCGUUUUUGCCCGUUUGUACAGCACCCUGUGAGGGUUUGCUCCCUUGGCUAUAGCUCAUUGCGGUGAAACAGUGAUGAGGGUUGAGUUCCCAUUUUCGUGUCAAACUGAUUGUCUUGGAGAAGAGCUCACAGUGUCGAUGCUUUUGCUCCCUGAGAGCAAGAGCUGCUCUCGAGAACCCAGUCCCCUUGAGCAGUGCAUGAAUGUGGCUGCACAUGCCAGACUCCGUGAUUAAUCUUGAUCAUGGGGAGAAAUGUAAAGCAGCUAGUCCAAGCUGUGUUAUUGCCAAAGUUGCUGGUGAGCCUGGAAUCAUCUUGCCUUCUCCUGACUUCUGUAAAUACAGCUUCAAAUGAAUUGUUCAAGCAGCAUCUGCUUGCCUAGUCCUGAGAAACUUGAGCUAUCUGCAGCCGCAAAGCUUUCCAAAACACAAUGCCAAGCUUAGGCUAGAUUUCACUGGCAGCUCAGUCUAUAAUUUUAAGGCAGGGUUAAUGAUAUCAGGCAGAAACCAUGCUAACUCUUCAGUUUGGAUGGUUCUGGCCCAAAGCCAAGGCUGAAUGUCACGCUGCUGGUGAAGUCUCCUUGGAAUUUCAGGUCCAUUUGACACUGCUGGCUCUUUGGGCUUGGGGAGUCACGCUCCUUUCCACGCAAAGCAGAAGCAGCAUUUCACUGCAAUCUUUUAAAUCUGACCAACACAGUGACUGUGACCGGCAUUUCACACGUGCAGUGGUGGUCGUGAACUGGAUCUGUUACAGAUGUCGGUGUGGAGGGCUCGGUCCUUGAGUGUGCUCUGUGGACACCUGCUCAGUCCCUGCUCAUGACCCAGGGAAAGGUCUUGAAAGCGCUGGUAGCCGGACUCCUCUGUCCUGCCCGGUUAUCCGCCCUGGCUCCGCACCUCACCUGGAGCUGGAGAUGGCCCAUGCUGCUGUCAGCAGGCAGCACGUGGACCAUUCUGUGGGUGAUUAUUCUUCCCCACGACCUGACCCAAACCCCUCAAAUCUGAAGUAGGAAUUUUCUUCAAUUUUUUUUCCUCCAAAAAUUCACACAUGGCGCAAAGAACCUGAGACUUGCGGGUAACAUUGCGGCAAAACAAGAUAGAGCUGAGACAUGACAGAGGGUUUAUGUUGGUUACUUUAAAUCAAGAGCAGACUUUAAAUAUAGUUACAGUUGCUGCGUGGUAUAUCAAAUGCUUUAGGAGAUUCAAUAAAUUAUUCUUAUAAAUGUUUUAUUCUUUUAUCAGUAAUUCGUAUAGGUGGGUGCCACUGUUCUUACACAGUAAUGCCCCUUACACUAAAACUAUACACCUGGUUCUCCAGUUUAGACAUGGUAUUUACGAGAUUUAUCUUGCGUAGUGUCACUUUGGCACAGUAUCCACAUGUACCGCACACAAAUUGCACAUUACAUGCCAAAUGCUGACAGAUACCAUUACACGUAAUAAGCGUAUGAGUGUUGACUAGACACCAAAGUGUUACCUGCCUAUUUCGUAUUGUGACUUAACUAGGGGAAGAGAAAAGAAGGAUCCUGGUUUGUUAAGAAAUACCUUGUGUUUGAUUGCUUCUGAAAACAUAUUUUACUGGGAAGCAAAAAGAAGUGAGAUUUUGUUCUGGUACUUUUUAAAACGACACUCCAGAAACAACAAAACACACACAGCCCUAAAAUACCUAACUACUGUAUUUCUAGAUAUUCUUCAUUGCUAUACAUCUGAACUGUAAAUUCUGUACAGAUUGAAUGAAAUACACAGUUUAUCUUUGUCAUAACAUGCGGGAGAAAAGGACAACACAACUUUGGCUGCAAAGGUGUGUGUAUGGUGUUUGCAUAUAUGCUCGUACACAUUGCUGUAUGUGGGUAUAUACAUACACAUGCACACACAGGCUUUAAGGCAGAAAAAUGCAUCCAAGAUGAACUGGAGAAAAAAAUUUUUUCUUUGGCGGUGGGAGAGUAAGUAAAAUGAAAACAAAAGACUAUUUUGAUAAUAUAUUUCUUUCAAAAAAAGAAGGUUUGCAAUAGGGUUUGAUACAUAACUGCCACCCCAGGGGGAAAUCCCACCUCUGAAGGCAACACAGCCCACUUCAGAGUGAUGCAGUUGGUUUAGACGAUUAUUUGUUUGGCUUUCUUAAAAAAAAAAAAAAAAAAUAGCAGUAUAUGCAGUAUAGUGGCCGAGGGCGAAGGCUUGGCUUGCUGUGAAACGGCAUCCCACCUGCGGCAGGUGCCCGUCAGGACCAGCCACUGCCAACGGGGCAGAUCCUGCUGCCCUUGUGGGUCCUGGACUUACCCUUACCCAGGUAUUUAGUUACAUACAUCAAAGUGUCUAGUUAGGAGUCAUUAAAAAAAAAAAAAAGAAACGUAGCAUCAUCAAAAGCCCAUUUUUUGAUCUUAGAGUUGCAAAAGAAAUGAAGUUAUACAGCCAAAGGGCCUGAUUUUCCAAGCUAUUCAGCCCACCAGACUCCAGUUGCCCCUAUAAUGAAAUCUUGCCAUUCUCAUCAAAUUAAUCAUACUCUAGGAUUUAAUCUAGCUUUAAAAUUUUACCUAUAUUUUGACAGAUGUAAAAUCUAGAUUGGGUAGAACUUAUCCUUCAAUGCUCAACCUAGAUCUAAUAAUGCCAUGAAAAAUUGACUUUUCCAGCUGAAUGCUGCUGGAUACAAUUAAAAGAGCAGUAAUCAGAUUUUUGCAUUGGCCUGAAAUUUGUCUCCUGGACCAAGGUUGUUACAGUUUUAAGAGCCACUUAAAUCCCCAAAAUGUUUCUGAGCAAAAUGUAUGCUCACUGCUGGAGUAUGGCACAGUUUCCCAGAGAUACCCUCAAGAUCCCACAGUCUAUAACAGGAUCUGGCUUUAAUUCUGAUCCUGGAUUUGCCCUCAUCAUGAGCUAGGAUGUGAACUUCAUCCUGGGAGAGGCUAUUUUGGCUUUGCGUGGGCGCAGGUGGCCGCACGCUCCGGCCUCCCGGUCAUACAAGUCUCGGGCUCAGUUGAGCGUUGAAGUUUGGUUGUCCUUUAGAAAGCAAAGACAGCUGCUGCUUUGCUUCCUUUCGUUUGCUCUGUUGCCUUGGCUUUUUUGCACUUUUGUUUCAUCUCCAAAGAAUCUCUCAUAAUGCCUUUGGUACUUAUGUACAAUUUUAAAACAUUUUGUAUGUAUUGAAUGGUACACACUUUCUCUUGUAAAAUAGCAAUCGGACUUUUUUUUUUCCUGUGAAUGUGUAAUCUCCUCUGUACAUUUCAAUCAUGACUUUGUGCAAUGUACAUUUUAUAGGGACAGAUGCCAAGGGAAUGACCUGUAGUUUUCUAACGGAGUAGCUAGAUGCUGAACAACACAGUCACAGAUGGUUUUACAUUAGCACCACUGAGAAGCAACGUAGCCCAGACUUUUGCACAGAAGCAUUGAGCAUGAUGCAGCGUGUACCUUCACACAAAUGACUGUGGCAGCUGCAAAACUGUAUAUGUGUGAUAUUAAAAAAAAAAGUUGCAAUCGGAAAGGAAACGGAGGAAAAUUAAGUAAUCACAAUCAUUAAUUUAAGCCUCAAAGCAUCAGAAUGGAAAAUUUGCAUUCAGUAAAAAUGCCAGAGAUUUAACCUUCAUGAGAUGAAAUACACAUUUAUUUUUCUUUGCA